UCGACAUGAGUGUAGCAAAUGUGUCAGUUCGUGUAAAUUUGGAAUAAAAACGGAAAAUAUAGCUGUAAAAAAUGUCGAAACCAGGUGAAAAUUGCUGAAAAAGGAAAACAAUACUUUCCUGCAUCGGGUGCGGGUGAAGUUUCACCCGUGAAAAGAAAAUCAGUGGCGAAAAACGCGAUUUUUACAUUGCGUUGUCAUUGAUCGUCCUGCUGCAGUGCGGUUACCAAUUUCAUCGAGUUUUUCGUUUUCGUCGAUUGUUAUUGUCCGGUUACACCGCUCCUCCCGCCCUCUUGUGUACAACAGCCGGUUUAUUUACAAAACAUUGCCAUUCGUAAACAAAAUCCGGUUGAAACAGCAAUGUCGAACAUAGUUCAACAGUUUGUUAACGGGCUGAAAAGCCGUAACAAGGAUGUUCAAAAUAAAUCUGCCCAGGAGUUAUCGCUUUAUGUCAAAACCGAACUACGCGAAAUGCAACAAGAUGACCUGUUGGCUUUUUUCGAGGAUUUCAAUCAUCACAUCUUUGAAAUGAUAUCCAGUACGGAUACGAAUGAUAAAAAAGGAGGGGUUUUGGCUAUAAAUUGUCUUGUCAGCGGAGAUGUGGUCAACACUACGACCAGGAUUUCACGCUAUUCCAACAAUUUGAGAAACCUUAUGCCAGCGAGUGACAUUUGCGUAAUGGAGUUAGCUGCGAAGGUGUUGGUCAAGUUGGCAUUACUGCCAGGUUCAAAAGGGGCCGAGUCGUUCGAGUUCGAUAUCAAGCGAGCGUUCGAAUGGUUGACGGAGGAACGUACCGAAGGAAAGCGCCAUGCAGCGGUACUGGUUUUGCGCGAAUUGGCAGUCGCUAUGCCGACUUUUUUCUAUCAGCAAGUGGGAAGCUUCUUCGAUCAUAUUUUUGUGGCCAUAAAAGACCCAAAACCAAUGAUUCGCGAGGGUGCCGGACAGGCUUUACGGGCGGUACUCAUCGUAACUUCGCAGCGAGAAGGUACUAAGCAGAACAAUAAUCCACAGUGGUACAACCACUGCUAUGAUAGUGCGAUAGAUUGUUUCAAUGAGCUUCCGACACGAGAGAAAGGAUUCAACCGAGAUGAUCGCAUCCAUGGUGCACUGAUCGUGUUUAACGAAAUAUUGCGUAGCUCGAACUCUGCUUGGGAGAAAAAGUACAUGCAGCUGGAGAGCCUAAAUGUUGAUAGACGAACUCGCCAUGUAGAUGACAGUCAUGGAAUAUUCCCACGCAUUCGUGUUCCUUUUAUGGAAAAGCUUAGUGGAGGACAUAAUUCUAACAGUUCGGGAUAUUCGUCACGAUACAACGAUGGUAGCGAUGUGAAAUUUUUCCGUCAGAACAGUUCCAUACAAGAGUCGGCGAUCUGCCGAAAUCUUGUUAACGACAACUAUGAACUGAUUUGCCAGAAAGUGUUAGAACAGCGAAACUCCAAAUCAUUGUACGUCAUUCAAUCGUUGCUGACAAUAUUGCCCCGGUUGGCGGCCUUCAAUCGUCGUGAGUUUGUUGCCAACCAUCUGAAGACCGUUGUGAACUAUUUGCUUGCAACGUUGAAAAGUAAAGAGAGGGAACGAAAUUUGGCUUUUGUGACACUCGGUUACAUUUCUGUCGCGGUCGAGAAGGAAAUCGAGCGUUAUAUCAAACGGAUCAUGGAAGUUGUAACGGCGGCGCUUCCCCCGAAGGACACUCCUAGCAAGAAGAAGGUAUCCAUUGAUCCGUCCGUGUUUAUGUGUAUCACUCUGUUGGGACAUGCGCUGAAAAGUGCCAUCACAUCGGACGUGAAGAACAUUCUGGCAUCGAUGCUAUCGACGGGACUAAGUACGGGGCUGACCGUGUGUCUACACGAACUGUGCGAAAAUGUUCCGCAGGUCAAGCAGGACAUUACCAGCGGAUUGCUGAAAAUUCUUUCCUGCGUACUGAUGAAUAAACCAUUGCCCCACUGGCUGCCGAGUCGAACACAAGCGGCCAUCAACACCAACGUGUACGAGCAGCAGAUUCAGGAUACACCGACAACCGUGCUGGCGCUACGUACACUCGGAACGUUCAACUUCGAAGGUCACAGUCUGUUACCGUUUGUGCAACGAUGUGCCGAUCAUUUUCUCGUCAGCGAACAGCAGGAAAUAAGAAUAGAAGCCGUUCAAACGUGCACGCUUUUGCUGAAAUUGGCUCUGCAAUCGGUGGAUUCGGCGGAUGGGUCGGAAACGCUCACUCAAACGGUCGGUAAUGUGCUGGAGAAGAUACUGAUCGUUGGCAUCACCGAUGUUGAUCCCAACGUGCGUCUGAGGGUAUUGAAAUCACUCGAUGACAGCUUUGAUUCACAGCUCGCUCAACCUUGGUUUCUGAGUUCUCUUCUAAUCACGAUGAACGACGAGGUGUUCGAAAUCCGUGAACUCGCGAUUAUUAUCAUCGGCAGAUUGUCGGCUAUCAAUCCGGCAUAUGUGAUGCCCAGCCUAAGGAAGACGAUGGUGCAGAUUUUGACCGAAUUGGAACACUCCGGAAUGAGUCGAAACAAGGAACAGAGUGCUCGGAUGUUGGAUCACUUGAUUGUCAGUACGCCCAGAUUGAUUUCAUCCUACAUGAGACCGAUUCUGACAAUACUGGUACCGAAAUUGAAGGAACCGGAAUCGAAUCCCGGCGUGGUGCUCAAUGUGCUUCGAGCUAUUGGAGAUUUGGCGGAAGUAAACGGUGGCCAUCAGGUAUUGGAAACUUGGUCGGACGAGUUGUUGGCCACACUGUUGGAAAUGUUGAGUGAUGCGGGUUCAACUGAGAAAAGAGCCGUUGCCCUGUGGACUCUGGGACAGUUGGUCAGUGCCACUGGUCAAGCCGUGGCACCUUACCACAAAUAUCCCAAUUUAAUUGAUAUUCUGAUCAACUUUCUGAAAACCGAACAACAAUCCUAUGUCAGACGAGAAACCAUCCGGGUUCUCGGUUUGCUGGGAGCACUUGAUCCGUACAAACACAAAAUGAACCGUGGGCUGAUCGACAUUCAAACGAACAACAUUUUGAUCUCCAUAUCGGACUCCAAGACGGACGAGUAUUCGGAUCUAUCCACGUCGGAAAUGUUGAUAAACAUGGGUAAUCAACUGGAGGAAUACUACCCGGCGGUUGCCAUCUCAACGCUGAUGAAAAUUUUGCGUGAUCCAACGCUGUCCCAUCAUCACAUCAGCGUUGUUCAGGCUAUCACUUUCAUCUUCAAGAGUCUCGGCAUCAAGUGCGUACCCUAUCUGUCGCAAGUUCUUCCCAGUUUGCUGGGAAAUAUUCGCAAUGCCGAAAUGAAUCUGAAGGAGUUUCUGUUCCAGCAGUUGUCGAUUCUGAUCGAAAUCGUCAAGCAGCAUAUUAUCAGCUUCAUGGAAGAAAUCUUCCAACUCAUCCGAACCUUCUGGAACAGUAACUAUCCGCUGCAAUCGACAUUGAUUAAUUUGGUGGAAAAAAUUGCCAUCGCUCUCGGGUGUGAAUUUAAAAUCUAUCUGCCGCAGUUGAUGCCGCAAAUUCUUCGCGUACUGUUGCACGACAAUUCCGCAAAUCGAACGGUCACGGUGAAGCUGCUAAUGGCUCUGCAGAAGUUCGGUAACAACUUGGAUGAUUAUUUGCACCUCAUCAUUCCGGCCAUCGUGAAACUGUUCGAACCGAUUGACAUUCCUUUCGCCGUAUCGCUGGCAGCACUGGAAACCAUCAACUAUUUGGCAGAAAUCUUGGACUUCACCGAUUUCUCGUCUCGCAUUAUUCAUCCCUUGGUUCGCGUACUGGACAACCAUCCGGGGCAGCUUCAAACGGCCGCACUGCAAACGCUCUGUUCGAUUAUGAUUCAGUUGGGUAAGAAAUAUCUUGUUUUUGUCCCAUUGGUCAAUCGAGUUAUGAUCAAGCAUAAAAUCUCCUACACCGAGUACAACAAACUACUCACGAAGUUACAAUCGAGCACCACGCUGGCACUGGAUGACGAGUUUCGUUUGCGUCAGGCACGUUUCAAAAAUCGGGAAAUGUCACUGGCCAGUGAUACGACCAUUCGCAAACUGAACGUUUCAACGGUCGAUCUUCAGUUGGCAUUCAAAGCGAAUCGUCGGGUAUCGAAAGACGACUGGCUGGAGUGGCUCCGUCGGUUGAGCAUUGGUUUACUGAAGGAAUCGAAGAGUCCGGCUUUGCGAUCGUGUCGUACGCUGGCACAAAACUAUCCGCAACUGUUGAAAGAUUUGUUCAAUGCCGCAUUCGUUAGCUGCUGGACCGAUCUGCCGGACAAUCUGAAGGAAGAGUUGUCAUCCAGUUUGCAGCAGGCUUUGCUGGUACCCGACCUACCGGAGAUCACCCAGACCAUACUGAAUUUGGCCGAAUUUAUGGAACACUGUGAGAACGACACCCUCCGCAUUGAUCCGAAGAUCUUGGGUGAGAGAGCGAUGGAGUGUCGGGCCUAUGCGAAGGCUUUGCACUACAAAGAGGAAGAAUUUCAUAACAUGAAAGAGAAGGAUCAGAGCGUAUUCGAAUCGUUAAUACUGAUCAAUAAUAAACUGCAGCAGAAAGAAGCGGCCGAAGGUUUGCUGGAGUUUGCGAUGGAACAUAAGAGCGCUACGGAAGAGAUGAAGGUGCAAGUUCGGUGGUACGAGAAGUUGCACAGUUGGGAGAAGGCGUUGAAUUUGUAUGAAGAAAAGUUGAAGAUCAAUGAAGAUGAUCUGGAAUCGAGACUGGGUCAGAUGCGUUGUUUGGAGGCACUGGGCGAGUGGUCUUCGUUGAAUACGCUAACCAAGGAUAAAUGGGAGUCACUGGGAACCGAGGGACAAUCCAAAGCCGGUAGACUGGCGGCAGCCGCUGCCUGGGGUUUAAAGGAUUGGGAAGGAAUGCAGCAGUUCAUCAAGUUCAUCCCGGAAGAAACACAGGAUGGUUCGUUCUAUCGAGCCGUUUUGGCUAUUCAUCACGGAGAGUACGAAUUGGCACAGACACUGAUUGAUGACACGAGAGAUUUGCUAGACACGGAACUAACGGCCAUGGCGGGUGAAUCUUACGAGCGGGCCUACGGUGCCAUGGUUUGCGUUCAGAUGCUCGCUGAGUUGGAAGAGGUGAUUCAGUACAAGUUAAUCCCCGAACGCCAGGAAACCAUCAAAUCCAUGUGGUGGGAUCGUCUGUUGGGAGGCCAACGGCUCGUCGAAGAUUGGCAACGCAUCCUUCAGGUACACUCGCUGGUAGUUCAUCCCGCCAACGACGUUCGUACGUGGUUGAAGUUUGCCUCGCUAUGCCGCAAAAGUGGCUCACUGAAGUUAUCCGAGAAAACACUUGUCAAUCUACUGCGGUAUGACCCGUCGCAGUUCCCGAAUCAUCCGUUGGAAUAUCUGGAACCGGACAUCAGCUUCGCUUACACCAAACACACGUGGAUGGCCGGUGAACGGCAGCAGGCUUACGAUCAACUGAAACGGUUGGUAAAAAACAUUAGCAAAGAAGGUAAUUUCCAGGACGAAAAGAUUGAUAAUCCGGACGAAAAGGUAGAGAAUGGCCGUCUGCUGGCUCGUUGCUACAUGAAACUGGGCCAGUGGCAAAACCAACUGCAAGGUCUGAACGAGCAGUCAAUCGAAGGCAUUCUGGCUUGCUACAAAAAAGCUACCAUCCAUGAUUCCAACUGGUACAAAGCGUGGCAUUUGUGGGCUUACAUGAAUUUCGAGGUAGUUCAAAAUCAAAAGCAACUGGAAGAUCUGCAGAAGAAUCCGGGUGGUGAUAAGGAGAAGUGUAUGAUUCGGCAGUAUGCCGUCCCGGCUGUCCAAGGUUUCUUCCGUUCGAUUAAUCUAUCGCAUGGCAAUUCUCUGCAGGACACUCUCCGGCUGUUGACUCUUUGGUUCGAAUACGGUCAGUAUCCGAUGGUGUUUGAUGCUUUGGUCGAGGGAACGCGACUGAUCGAGAUCAACACCUGGUUGCAGGUGAUUCCGCAGUUGAUUGCACGAAUCGACACUCCGCGGAAUUUGGUUGGAGAGUUAAUUCACCAGCUGUUGAAUGACAUCGGUAAGUCUCACCCGCAAGCGCUAGUCUACCCGUUGACGGUGGCAUCCAAUUCCGCAUCGAAGGCACGGCGUCAAGCCGCUCACAAAAUUCUCGGUGCCAUGGGUGAACAUUGUCCGAAACUGGUCAGUCAAGCUAUCAUGUGUAGCGAGGAGCUGAUCCGGGUAGCAAUUCUUUGGCACGAACAGUGGCACGAGGGGCUGGAGGAAGCUUCCCGGCUGUACUUUGGAGAUCGCAACAUCAAAGGUAUGUUCGAAACGUUGGAACCGUUACACGAGAUGUUGCAACGGGGUCCGCAAACUCUGAAGGAAACCUCCUUCAACCAAGCUUACGGAAGAGAUUUGAAUGAGGCGCAGGAGUGGUGUAAGCAUUAUAAGAACUCCAACAAUAUCCGAGACCUCAACCAAGCCUGGGAUCUGUACUAUCACGUGUUUCGGCGUAUUUCCCGGCAAUUGCCGCAACUGACCUCGCUAGAGUUGCAGUAUGUCAGUCCGAAGCUUUUGGGCUGUCGUGACCUGGAACUGGCGGUCCCCGGAAGUUACGCUCCGUAUCAGGAGUUGAUUCGUAUCGCCAGUAUUCAAUCCAAUCUACAGGUUAUUACAUCCAAACAGCGACCUCGGAAGUUGUGUAUUCGUGGUUCGAAUGGUAAAGAGUAUAUGUUCCUGUUGAAAGGUCACGAGGAUCUACGGCAAGACGAACGGGUCAUGCAGCUGUUUGGGCUGGUCAACACUUUGCUGCUGAAUGAUCCGGAUACGUUCCGAAGGAAUUUGACGAUUCAAAGAUACGCGGUCAUUCCGCUUAGUACCAACUCUGGACUUAUUGGCUGGGUGCCACAUUGCGACACCUUGCACACCCUGAUUCGAGAUUAUCGUGACAAGAAGAAAACGAUGCUCAACAUCGAGCACAGAAUAAUGCUGAGAAUGGCUCCGGACUACGAUCACCUGACUCUAAUGCAGAAGGUAGAAGUGUUUGAGUAUGCUCUAGACCUAACCAAAGGAGACGACUUGGCCAAGCUGCUGUGGUUGAAGAGUCCCUCGUCGGAGGUGUGGUUCGAUCGGAGAACUAACUACACACGAUCGCUGGCUGUGAUGUCAAUGGUUGGUUACAUUCUGGGGCUCGGUGAUCGACACCCCUCUAAUCUGAUGCUGGAUCGAUUGAGUGGUAAAAUUUUACAUAUAGAUUUUGGUGAUUGCUUCGAGGUGGCAAUGACCCGGGAAAAGUUCCCCGAAAAAAUUCCAUUCCGCCUCACACGAAUGCUUAUUAAUGCAAUGGAAGUGACCGGAAUUAAAGGUACCUACCGACGCACCUGCGAGAGCGUGAUGGUUGUGCUGCGACGCAACAAAGACAGUUUGAUGGCAGUACUGGAAGCGUUUGUUUACGAUCCACUGCUCAACUGGCGGCUGCUCGAUGCGGAUAAGAAUCGACGAUCGAAGAACGCUACCGACGUGGACAGUACAACCGAGAGUAUGGAAGAGCCAUUGGAUAUUUUGCCGAUAAAUGCGAGGAAUCUACGAAUGAUGGAUCCGAAUUCGAAUGCUGGUGGAGGCGGCGGAGAAGCCAUUGACCAGGGAAGUAAUUACGUGACAAACCCGGCCGAAGCCACUAACAACAAAGCGAGGGCGAUCGUCGAUCGAGUCAAGCAGAAGUUGACCGGAAAGGACUUUAACAAUGUGGAACCAGUUUCGGUGCAGCAGCAGAUAGAUUUGCUGAUUCGGCAGGCAACCAAUAACGAAAACCUUUGCCAGUGCUACAUCGGAUGGUGCCCUUUUUGGUGAACAUUGAGCGGAAAAUGUACACAUACAAAUUGUGCGAUGUUUCUUUGUAGUGUUAGGAUCGUUGUUUAAUUGACCAAUGCUUUAUGUAACUAAACAGUAGCUUGUAAUAAUAAUACGGAGUUAAAGAAACACAAACUUUAAUAUGAACAUUAUUAUUAUAAUUAUCGAGUAUCAUAUGUACGUGUAUGUACGGAAACCAAAAAAAAAUAUUUUUGGUUUUUGCUGUCGUUGCUGCUAAUAAAAUGGGGUUAGAUUUUUUUUGCGUCCUGUA